UCUGCUUGGCCACAACAAAGGCGUUUUGUCAGACUCUGCGAAUGUAGAGGAGGAUGAUACGCCGGACUUGGAAAUGACGCAACCCCCACUCACAGGUAUAUUCCUGCAAAAUUUGCAAGAAGGCCCGGAACUAUGGCCGGUUGAAGAAGCUGAGUUCAGCGACUUGGAGCAUGAUGGCCUCGAGCAUUUAGCCGGGUAUAUUUGUCACAGACUCCAGGAUGACAUCCCCAGCACAUCGCUCAGGAGCAAUGACGACCCGUCGUUUUCAUGGGCAAGUCACUUGAGCGAGGGUGGCUUGAAAGUACCCAGCUCUGCAAUGAUGGACCAAAUGCGUCACUUAGAGUCAGUGUUUCAAGCAAUGAAUGAAGAUGGCUUGCUUAUUACAAACGACUUUGUAAAAAAACACAUUGAGCAAGCCUCGAAUAUUCAUUGCGAUAUUAAGGUAAAUGCUCUUGAUACACCAAAAGGCCCUUUUCAGGGCCGCCACGAACUGCUAAAGUGA